AUUUCAGGCCUCGUAGCGACCUGUCAUCCCCCGACUAACGAUUUCCCUGCCCUUCAUUCCGCUUCUGCAAAGGUACAGGGUUGCCGGCCCUCCCGAUGAUGUGAGGGAGCAUGGCGGAUGUUACGCAGGCGACCUCGCGUGGCGUUCGGAAACCUCGCAAAUCCCGCGGGCGUGGACUGCGGGCUACCACUGGCUGCCUGAUUUGCAAGCGUCGUCACGUCAAAUGUGAUGAGGCUCGCCCGCAAUGCGGUCCUUGCGCCAAAGGCCAACGCGCUUGUGUCUAUGGGACGGAUCAUCCUUCUGCAACCCCUAGCGCAGGGGGUGGUGGUACACCCAUCGCGGCGCACUCUUCCCCUCUAUCACAGCCAACCACACAGGUCCAACUACACGAGCCCUUGCGAGUGUUGGUUGAUGCCUGCCAACAAGGAUAUCCAGGACCCGAAGAUGGCCCUUCAGCUCAUAGAGCAUCUGUCACGGCAUCUCCAGGCGUUCGGAACAGCCAAACACUGACUCCCGACUUUGGUGCGGACCACAAUAACCGCUUAUCCUCUACCACUCCGGUCAACGAAUUUGCCCUUUCCCCAGCUACAGACUCUUCAGUGUCGACCAGACUUGCUCCGCUAAGCUGGUUUGAGCUUUUGGCUAAUGAUGCAGUGAACGCGGAUCGGAACUUUCUCUUGUCGCCCCCAAAGCAAGAUGCGAAUUCAGCACGUCGGAUGCUAACCCCCCACCAAUUAAAUUCGAACCUGCAGCCACACUCUGUCAGAGAGUGUGAGAGCUUCCAAGCAGCCGCUUUCGAACGCGAUCCUGAAAUUGAAACUCGAAUAACGCCGGCGGCCGAUGGCCAGCCAAAGCUCCUUCCCGACGAUCCAUCAUCUUGGUCCACCCCUACUCCAAUAGAGCUCUCAGGACAAGAGUACGAAUUAUUCCAACAUUUCGUGAAGAAUAUGAGUGGUUGGUAUGACUUCUUUGACCCGACCCGGCAGAUAUCGACCACGGUCCCGCAAUUAGCAAUGAGGAAUACAGGUGUGAUGAAGGCGCUCCUGGCUCUGUCGGCGCGCCAUCUUUCAAUUUGGCAUACUUACAAGGGACAGGGGCAUGACGCUGAUGCCAUCCAACACAGUGGUUAUUGGAGAAAGGUGGUGGACUUUCCGGACGUUGAUCGCAACAGUGCGGUGCAGUACUACUAUGAGACACUGCAAUACCUAAACAAGGCUAUGCAGUAUCCUAGCUAUGCAUCCAGCCACGAGAUCAUAUCCACGUCUUUGUUGAUUAGCACGUAUGAAAUGGUCGAUGGAUCGAAUCGAGACUGGGAGCGGCAUCUCAAAGGUGUUUUCUGGAUCCAGAGAUAUCAAGACAAUGAUGGGGAAUGUGGAGGACUACGUCAGGCAAUUUGGUGGGCGUGGCUACGGCAGGAUGUAUGGGUGGCCAUGCGAGAACGUCGUCGAGUCUUCAGCUUUUGGAGACCGAAACGCCACAUCUCCACCCUGGAGCCGUCAGAGCUGGCAGGCUUCGCCUCAUACCUGCUUGCACAAUGCGUCAACUAUGCUUCCCGCGAAGAGGCAGCAUCUAAAGAUAUACAGAGUCGCCUGGAGAGAGGCAACGAGCUAUUGUACAUGCUGCAGGAAUGGCAGGACUAUCUGCCACCGGAGUUCAGGCCCCUCCCCACUCCACAGCAUACAGAUGUGUUUCCUCCCAUCUGGGUACAUCCUGCUCCGUAUGCGGCAGCUUUGCAAAUACACAGCUUAGCUAGAAUCUUGGUGAUAUCGCAUCGCCCGUCCGUUGGCGGGUUCCAAGACUACCGGGCUGCUCAAAGCCUGCUUACCGCAUCCGUGAACACAAUUUGUGGCAUUGCCCGAACCGUAAGUGAGGAUGAUAUAGCUGCAAGCUUGAUGUCUCUGUAUUGUAUAUUUGGGGCCGGAAUGAGCGUUCACGCCCCUCAUGAGCGAGCUGCAUUGCUCGACCUCCUUGAUAAUUUUGAGCGGCGGGUCUGUUGGCCUCGAGUCUCGUUGCGGAAUGACCUCGAAUUGGAAUACCAGAAGGACGGGCUUUCUGGAUUCACCAUGUAGAGUAGGGGUCAUUCUCGGGA